AUGAAAGUCGUCCAUGAUCGUGUCUCACAGAUUUACUAUACAUACGGACUGUUUUGUGCCAGCCACCCAUUUGUCACAAUCAUCUCUGUCAUUGUUACAGUACUUAUUACAUGUUAUCCUCUGACCAAUGUCCCCCUGCCUGGAAACACUCCCAUAGAGCACAGAACUCUCAGGUUGGGCUAUGCUGUACCAGACUGGUCUCAUGCAGCUACUGAUGGACCUACGGAUGAUCAGAAACGGCCUCGAUGGUUUGUUGGAGAACCAGUGGCAUACGUCCAGCAGAUUGUCCUCAAGUCUGCAGUGUCACCCUGGCAUCCUCAGCAUAUGGUAGUCUCAGAUGCCUUCAGAGCUCCAUUGUUGUCUGUGUUCAAGAUCAUACAGGAGCUAGACAGUUUCAAAAUGACUGUGGAGGGCAAGGAGAUGUCACUAGCAGACAUUUGCUACAGAGUUUCCGAGCCGGUUAACGCUCACCACCUCCAGCAGCUGCUGCCCAACUACUCCUGUUUCAUCGUGUCACCGGCCAACUUCUGGCAACAAGAUGUUUCCAAAUUCAGUAAAGACCCUGAGAUCAUCAACACAAUCUACAGGAAGUACGGCCAGGUGGUGGAGAGUCCGCCCACAACUAAAGAUCUCUUAUUUGGCAUCCCAUGGAAGGAGACUGGGGUCAGUCGGUACUACAUCCGCAACAGGCAGCGGGUCAUCACAUGUGCUGUCACUGUCAUCAUGAAGCAAUAUGAGCCCAGGUUUAUCUCAGCCCUCAGAGAGAUGCUGGAACAACGGCACCCAGACACAGCUGUCAGUGUCAAUAACUCCCAAGUGGAGGAUCUUGUACAUGUGCACUUUAAGGACAUUAAUUACGUUGUGGAGUACACGCCUCUGAUGGUCACUUACCUUGCUCUCUCGUUGUACUUGUACUUCUCUGUGCGAAAAAUUGAAAUGGUCAAGUCCAAAAUUGGUUUGGCCUUUAGUGCCGUCAUGACUGUCCUGGCAAGCUUGAUGAUGUCUGUCAGUAUCUGCACAGUGUUUGGCAUGAGGCCAACACUUAACCGAGGGGAGAUCUUUCCCUACCUCAUGAUCAUUGUUGGUGUGGAGAAUGUGCUGGUUAUCACCAAAUCAGUGGUCUCCACCCCGGUCCACUUGGACGUGAAGAUCCGCGUUGCACAAGGUCUGAGUCGUGAAGGUUGGUCUAUUACCAAAAACUUGUUGUCAGAGCUAGCCAUUGUGUUUAUUGGCUUCUUCACAUUUGUUCCAGCGAUACAGGAGUUUUGUGCCUUUGCCCUGGUUGGAGUCCUCUCAGACUUCUACCUGCAGAUUGCAUUUUUCGCCACAGUCUUGUCCGUGGAUAUCCGUAGAAUGGAGCUGUCAGAUCUACACCGCCAGAGUGUCCAGCAAGCAGUACAGGAUGACCUGUCCAGUACCUCCAUCAACAUCCAGCCUCUCAUUCUCUGCCCUGUUGCCCAGCAAAGCUCCACAACUCCAGCCUCAACGCGCUCAUCGUCUCCACAUGCUGAUGCUGGCCCAUCAUCUCAUGUAGCCACCCCAGGCCAGACAGAGCGACGCUCCUGCACCCCUUCGCCGGGUAGGACCAGUUUUUCCCGCCACAGUCAGCAGACGGAGAGGCCACGUUAUGAAAUGCCACGUCGUGUGAAGUUCUUCUACUUCCUUGCCAGGUUCCGUAUAGUUCAAAAGUUGAUUAUGGUGUGUACUGUCAUCUGGAUCAUGCUGAUAUUGUACAAGGCCGGACUAGUAGACAGACUGACUGGAGAAGAACAUAGUCGUGGAACACCUCGACCAUCCUUUCCCAGACAGCCUGGGUUCGAGUCGGCUCCAGAUAUGACCAGCAGACAGGCAGAAGGUGACCUCAGUUUGGCAGAUGCAGGGCGCCUGGAGGAGGAGCAGAAACUAGCGUUGGUCAAGCACACAGAUUUGGAGUUGUGGAGACAGUUGUCACAUAAACACUGGCCAAUCUUCUUUCAUAGUUAUAACAUCAGCCUAUCUGGCAGGUACAUUAGCAUCCUGCCAAGCAUACACCUGUCGGAGCUCAUAGACCCACAGACAGCCAUCAGUCUCAGGCCUCCAUCUGAGGAGAUGCCUCCAGUGCUGUUUACACCUUACAACCCAUACCCUGAGGAUGCAGACGCAGGUGAGAAUGACUCUCAGGACGUGGCUCAUGUGAACAGCGGCCCCCAGUUUGAGAACUUCUACCCCAGAUCCCAGAAGGAGUACAUGAUAACAGUUGUGCUGUGUUUUCUCUCUGUCAUUGUGCUGACCUACUUUAUGUAUGUGCUGUAUCGGUGCAUGUGUUCGCGCAACUACUCCCGCUGGCGCCAUUCCUGGCACAGGUCCUCCCGCAGGCGAUCCAAGCCUUACUCUAGGCAGAUCAAAGAGUCGAUGCCCCUGGUUCUCUCAGGACACACACAGAAUAUUGAGUGUUUGCUCGGGGACAACGGACUGGUCAUCAGUUGUUGUCUGGGUGGUCAUCUCAAAGUCUGGAACUCUCAUUCUGGGGAAUGCAUCAACACAAUCAUGAGAAACAGGGAAACCCCGGCAGCCCAGCGUAGGCCGUGUGUGGGGCGCAACAUUGAAGACAGCGAUGCAGAUUUGUAUGCAGAAUACCACGGAGCCAUGGACAGUCGCAGUUCCUCAGAAAGCUCGCUGCUGGAGACUAAAGCUGGCGGGGAUAGUGAUGGUGUCCGAAUCAGAACAGGUCGCAUCCUCCCAGCUGACACCAGUGGGCAUGGGAAAAAAAUUGGGCCUUCCAGAAGAAGCAGCCUCAAGUACCAAGAUCUGGUGCCCGAUCUGGUAUCUUCCAUCAACACUGAGUUUUCCAGCAUGCACCAACCAACACCGGCUAUCAAUUCCUCCACUGGCUAUGACUUUCGGAGCUGGUUUGAAGGUGUGUACGAAGAGCACAGAAGAUUUAUGGCAGACGACAGUCAAAUGCAGCAGCCACGAGUACAUUCCUCCAGCGAUCUCACAAUGAUUGGCAAAUAUGGGGACCGCUCACGCAGCUGGAGUUAUGGGGAUCAGUCGAUGAUAGACAUAUCUGCUACAGAUGAAGAUCUGGUGUGUGGCCAGGCAGCCCCUGUGUGGUGUUUGGCCACGCUGCAUGGUCUCAUUGUGACCGGCUGUGGCAAUGGCCACAUAGAAAUCUGGGAGGCGGAGACAGGAGAGCUUCGAUAUCAUUAUGGAGUCAGUGAGGUCGGAGUCACUGGUCUCUGUGUGGUUGCUAACAAGAUUGUUGCGGCCAGACUAGAUGGCAGCCUGGACUUUCUGGACAUGGAGACGUUUCAGAACCCAGCACUAAACCCGUACACAGCCAGCCCUCGCUCUGCACGUCCACCAAGAGGCCACUCGCACAGCUACAGUACAGGCAGUGUCCAGUCAAUCAAAGUUUGGGACGAGGUCAUCCGCUGUGCCGGGGUCACCACAUGCCGAGCACAUCAGCUGCCCAUUAAUGCCCUCCAGUGUGCUGGGGGUCGGGUCGUCACAGCCAGCCAGGAUCACACAUUGAAAGUGUUCCGGCUGGAGAACUCACUGUGCCUGUACACCAUGCAUGGCCACGAGGGCAGUGUCACAGCUCUGUCUCUGGAUCAGGUGACCCCUUUUGCAGCAGUCAGUGGGUCAGUGGAUGGGACAGUGAGGAUCUGGGAUCUCAUCACAGGCACCUGUGUCCAUGUGUUUGACUGGCACCAUGCAGCAGUGGUCACCUUGACCAUCUCGCCUCUCUACAUUGUCAGUGUUGGGCUGGACGAUUACAUGUGUGUCUGGGACAGGGCCAAGUCAGUGCUUUUGCAUAAAAUUCAUCUG